AUGAAACUCUCCACCACCUCUUCUGAUGGCGGUUUGAUACUAAGUGGAACGAGAACACGAGCUGGUGAUCCAAUGGCAAGGCACAAGGGCGGCCUGGCUGCAGGGAUCCAGCAGCCGGACUGUCUUGGCCUCGCGAUUCCUGGGGAGGCGGCACAGACGAGGAAAUUUUGUUUCUUCGCAAGUCGAGAUGAAGACGGGAGAGCGGGAGAGAGACUGCUUCCGUCAAUUUAUCGACCACUGUGCGCAGCGGUCUCUCUCGACAUCGACAGCAACAGGCGACGACGAUGCUCCUCGACAAGGGGAAAAGCGUGGAGGGAGAAUUUCGGACGUGCGAAUAAUUCCAAUUUGUCCAAUCGCGGCUGUCGGCGAGGGCCGACUCUGCUAUCUGAUUGGCCACAUUUCGCUUCGCUGCGCAAACAUUUUGUUUCAAGCGCCGUUUUGACCCACAACGUAUCGUUGUCUUAUUGGCCCGCGACGGGUAAUUCUCCGGAAAUGCGCGUAACUGAAAUAUAUCAGCCAAUCAUCGUCCGGAGUUGUCGGGAAGAGCAAUCUCGGGAAUUAAGUUUAUCCGGCGGCCCCACUCCGAAAUACGUUGAAACGCUGCCGUGUUACGGGAGUUAUCGCUGUGGCGACGGAAAAGGUUGUCGUUGCCAAGCUCAGGUCGACCACCGCUGGCAUCCCCCGCACAUCGCCGAGCAAGGCGAAGCGUCACCAGAGCCGAAAGUCCGGUGA